GGCGUUGUCUCCGCAUCAGUAUGGGCGUUCAGGCUGGGCCCUCGACUGCUCCGCACACCCGCUGAGUCGCUACAGCUGCGGCAGAGAGGAAGUGACACGCGAAACAGCCGAAGACUUUUGAAAGCAACCUGUUUUGAAAAGCAAAAGGUGAUCGAGUCGCUGCAGGGGAGAGACGCGCCCCGCUGAGCAAUACGGAGGAGGCCACGAGGCAGCAGCAGCAACAGACGGCGGGCAGCGAGUAGAAGUAGCAAGGAGCGUAUAACGGGACCAGCCAAGUUCACGGAGAGGACAUACCGCUGGGGGCACUGACGAAGGCCUAACUGACGGGAGGUGAACGAAGCGAUGAAGGAAACCAAAGGAAGCAAUAUAAAGCGUGGACGAGAAGCGAGGGUGGAAUAGCGGAAUAAACUACUGAAAUACACAAAAAAUAAACGGAGUGAGGCAUUGAAUGAGUAAAUAGUGAAGCUUAUAAAGUGUGUGCUGGAAGCUGGUGACCCACGCGCGGCGGCGGAACUAAUACAAGCCCCGGAUGAACUGAAGGGAGGCGCUCCAUUACGUGUUCGCCAUGGGAGUCCCCCUCGGCCCCGCCCCCCUCUUCGCGUGUCUGCUGGCGGCCCUCCUCCUCCCCCGCGCUGGAUGGUCAUUGGAGAUCCAGCAGAUAUCCCUUGACGGCGGGGCGGAGAAGUUCAUGGAGGUGGGCGCAAAGGUGCCUUACGUGCUGAACUGCGACUUCCGAACUCCCUACGACGACCCGGUGAAGGAGGUGAUGUGGACGCGGUACGGGAAGCCCUUCUACAAGUGGAUGGCCAACGGGAACCCAACCGUGCUGGACGCCAACUUCCUGGGCAUGCUGGACACCGACCCCCCCAAGGACCCCCACAACCUGCACUUCAAGCCGCCGCUCCACUACCAACUCGGCGGGAAUUACGACUGCUAUGUCUACACCGCCGCCGCCUCCGUUAACGCCUCCUACUACCUGCGCGUCAUCGAUGCAGAUUCGGGGCCGUAUAAUGUCUCGGUGGAGUCUCUCGGCAAGAUCAAGAAGGAAGAAGCCGAAGCCAACAGCACCAGUGACGGCGCCAGCGCACAGAAUCAGUAUCAGGUCUCCCCGAGUGAUGAUGACUCCGACACUGACGUGAGUUUCGCGAAUGAGGACUGCACGCUGGUCUGGUCCCUGUCCACGCCCCCCAUCUACCCGCGGCCCAACGUAACGUGCGGCCACUACUCCUUCGAUCACCAGGACGUGGUGCAGCGGCUCCCGGCAGGCCUCACCCUACACAAGUACCCCAACGGCUCCUGGACCGCAUCCUUCUACCGCACGCACGUACAGGUUGCAAGUCUCCCCAAGAACCAUCGCCUCGGCUGCAGCAUCCGCAUCCCCAACACCACCUACAAGAAGGUGGUUAGGGCUCCAGACGACCUGUGGGUGGAGAGCCUCAUUGACACCGGUGGCUGCCCAGGCCUCCUCGACAUCCAGGAAGGCGGCGUCAUUGUGGACAUUACAGAUGGCUCGUACACUUGUCGGGGGGACGUGCUGCCUGCAGACAGGACAGGACGUGCCCUCGCCUCACUGAGUUGCCCUGACGGCCAUAGAGCAAUGUUUGCCGAGAACCAAAAGGGCAGUUGGAACGGGGGCUUGGAACUGAGUUGUGUCGAGAACGACCUUGGGUGGCGUCACUACUACCCGGACAACCCCACGCGUCUCGGGGACUUGGUGGACCCCACCACGCUGCCUGUCUGUGUCCCCGGUGUGUCAGGAGCAGAGGCAUCAGCUGGAAGUGUCUGGAGCCUCACGCUGGCCGUCACACUGGCACUGGGCUGGCUGGUGCGGCCUUGACCCUCACACCGCCUGGCAAGCCACCGCCUUACAUGUGUUGAGAACUCUGAGAUGAGACAUUCCAAGUAGCCAGUAAUGUUGGGUGUACAAAUGAUAAUGGUCAGCAGACAUUACAUAUAGAUAUAUAUUUUUUUUUAUAUUAAUGACGAGCUUUUUGUAUCAGUUGUUGAAUACACAUCUUACAUAGUGAGUCAUGCUUGUUAACUUCUGUGUGAGUCAUAAAGCCUUCAUAUAUAUACUUACUACUAACUCAAAAUGUUUUAAAACUUUUGAAAGCAUUGUGAUGAACAGUAUGAUGCCUUUUUUUUAAGCAAAGGAAACCGCUCCAGAGAAAAAAAAAGUGGUGAGUGGCUUUGCGGAACCACAAUGCCUCAGUUGAGUGACCGUAAGUGAAGUGUUCUGUGACUCUCGUGGCACCUUCUGUUUAUGCCACUCAGCUGCUCUCAUUCAGGCAACCUAGUUUGGUCCUUGGAUGGUCAGAGCUGGGUCGCAAGCCAUAAAACAGUGGAUCCAACAACUAUACCACGAGGUUAUUAUAAUUUAUGGUGUGUCUGUGUAUAGUCUUUGAUAAUAUUAAACUACUGUACAUUCACAGAAACACAUUGGAAAACUCAUGUAACUCGAUAAAAUGCAUGGUAAGACGAAUAAUGGAUGAAAAUUAGUGUAGGAAGGCCAUGGUAGUCUAAUGGUCCAAUAGGUCAAUCUCUUACCAAAUGCACUGAAGAUUUCUGUGGUCAGCAAACCUUCUUGGCAAAUAUGUACUUUUGGUAAUCUCACAAUGUUACGUAAAAUGUUUAUUCCUUUUAUUGUUAUUCAAAUGUGUUUGAUUCUGAUUGUGAUUAAUACAAGAGUCAGAAAUACAGGAUCCAGAUAGUAGAGUUAUGUGAGAAGUGCAUGGAUGAUGAGAACAAUGAAACUAUCAGCAGAUGAUUAAGCAUGUCCAGUUAGAGAGAGGGAACAGUUUAGGAAGUUGAAGAAGUGGCAAGGCACAGUGCCCUCGGGUGGUUAUGUCAUUUGGAGUGAAUGGGACAGAAUGAGAUGACAAAACAUAAGAACAUAAGAGCAUAGGGAGAUUGCAAGAGGCUGUUUGGUCUACACAGGCAGCUCAGUGUUUACAUAAGACAAGUGGACCUCAGUGAAAUGAGAGGACAGGGAAAGAGGGAAUAGAGAAUGGGAGGACUGGGGGAUGCAAGGUUGGAGUAUAAGAAAAGGAACAAACUAAGAGUCUUGCUGUGCUCACCCUCCCCAGUGGAGCUCCAAGAAACUGACAUCAGAGUAGAUAGACUUUUUUUUUCUUCUCUUUUUUGCAGUAGAGGAAUCAGCUCAAGGGCAAAAAUAAAAAUAAAACAAAAAUGCCUGCUCACCACUGCUCCUAUAAAAGCAAAUAGAAAAGAGCGACCAAAAGAGAGAUCUACUCCAGAAGAAGAAGUGUCUUGAUAUGCCCCUCCUGAAAGAGUUCAAAUUGUAGCCAGAGGGAAGUAGAGAGGAAGGAAGGCCGUUCCAGAGUUUACCAGUAAGAGGGAUGAAAGAAUGAAGAUGCUGGUUAACUUUUGCAUAAGGGAUUUGGAUAGCAUAGGGGUGAGCUUGAGUAAAAAGUAGAUAGAAAUUUAUUUUUAUUUUUUAAUGGGGUACUUUUAGAGUUGAAAAGACUUCCUGUUGUCUCCCACCCCAUGCUACAACCUGCAUCAUGUUCUACACCCUGGAGUAUUUGUGGGGACCAUUCCCAUCACUUCUUGGGACAGUGUAGUGCAUGGCAGAGUUAAUUUUGUCCACAACACUGAAGAAUAGCACAUGAGAAUAGAUAACUUCUUUUUUCAAAACCAAUAAUACUGAAAGAAUGAAUAAAAGCUAUUUCAAAGCCUCAUCGCUGCUUCAUUCAUGUUAGUACUACUUUUAAUUGGGACAUGUUUAGGCCUGUUUUGAUAUUUAGAAUUCUAACUCAAGAAGAACCUGUAGCAAAUGACUUUUUUAUAAGAUCCACUAUGCUCUGAUAACUUCAUAAAUCCUAAGUGCGUGAGUCACAGUAUUUGGAGUGAAUGACCUGCACUGCCCCUUAAUCAGGCCAGCUGUUGUGUGCCCUUUAAGGUUAGGGUCACAAUUUUUAUUCAUAUUUCAGUCAAAGUACAUUUAUUGCAGUCUUCAUAACACCACAACCUUGAUCUGUGUAUAUCAUGAAUUUAUAACUUUUUUAAUAUCAUACUGAUUUAGAUUUUUGGUAGUUAGCUACAGUAGUGAUGUAAGGAGGAGGACUUUAAUAUUUAAGACUAUUACAAUAGUUUCCAGCUCCCCUUUUUAUAAGUAAAGAUGCAUAGGUAUAACAGUGUGUUGGAUAUGAUGGUUAUUAGGACAUUUAUGUACAUAGGUUUAGUAACUUGAAUUAUGUAGUUCUGAUGUGUUUGAUUUCAGUGAAAGUUAUAGUUAUUUUGUCUAUUUAGUCCACCAUUGUAUGUCCCAGAAGUAUUCUAGAGAAGACAGUAUCAGUAUCCUUCACCCAUUCAGGAAAGUUACUUGUGCAGACAGGCCGUCAUCUGAUUUCAUGCAUCUUCUGAAACAUUCCCUCACUCCAUCAUUCAAUGUAAUGUUCAUGUCAACAUUGUCAGAAUUCUUCAUACUUAUUUGUUGUCCCAAGAUUUACAUGAUGUGCCUUCAUCAUGAGUGGGGUGUACUCAGCAAAACACUGACACUGGAAGGUUCAGGCUCUGUACUCACAUCCAAAGGUGAAACUUGUGCCUCAGAGUUGCCUCCCAGUGCUCUCAGUCCACCCACUGUAUUAUCUCUCUCCCAUUUUUGUUGGAAAGCAAAGUCACAUCUCCUUGACUUUCAUCCGUGCUUGUUUUGUUGAAAGUGAACUGGAUAACAGAGUGAAAGAAUACCCUCCCAGAUUGUCUCUCCCUGGCUUGGAUAUAAAAUUCUGACUUCUCAGUUGUGAGUCAAUUACACUGACCAAGCAUUAAAGGUUUGUGUAGAAAAGUUCUGUUAGUGGUUCUAUAAGGUGUGUUUGGUGUUUGGGUGCACAGAUGAGUAGCAUUUAAUUCCUUGUGUAAGCAGAACCUAGAGACCAACAACACGUGCAAGUGGUAGUAGUACCAAACACUUGCUUCUUUUCUGUCAGAACUUUUCCUCGUGACGGUAAUGAGGUGCAGUGACAACUCUAUGACGUACUUGCCCUUUUUUUAUAAAUUAUUCGUGUGCAAGUUAUGAUACUGAAUAACUAAGUAUUUUUGUCACUGGGUGCCAUAUAGCUGCUUCAGUAGAAGUUUAAAACCUGCACUUUAAGCUAUUUUAGCAAGUAACAGGGUUCUCAUCCAGCAAUUAUAUAUUUUAAUUCCAUAGCAUUCAAAUUUUAGAAACAACACUUGUACUUUAUCAACAGGUCAUGAAAUCUUAUUUGAGGUAUCAUAUCUGUGUGUAGUGGUUGAUGUUUCAUACAUUUUAAUAGACAAGGAACCAUUUUUCUGGCAGGCCUGUCAUGUAAAACUACCCAAAUACUGAUGAGAUAGUGAAAAUUGCUUAUGCUAUCAGUCUGUAUUUAAUUUAUUUUUUUGUUAAUGUUUUUUAAAGUUUUAUUAUUUCUCCACGGAGCUGUGCAUACAGUAGACCAAUACACUCGCACAAGUCGGUGGUAAAGUAUCAUUCAUAGCUUGUAAAACGUUGUCUCAAUACCAUAAAAGUGUUUGUUCUAUUUCUAUUUUAUAUGCAUUUUUCUUUGAAAGAUAUUUUAUUAGAUGGAAAAUAUUUCCUUGCUUGUGUCUUGGGCUUACUACAAACACUGAAAUGUACAUAUAUCAGUUAUUAUAUUAUUUAUUAUAAAGAUGCUUCUGUAAUUUAAAAAUGCAUGUAGAGUAAAGGAUUUCCAUUCAAUCAUGGCAUUUUUUUAUGUUAUUGUUGUCAAUGGCGAAAACCUGCUACAUAUAUGUAAUUCUUUUGAUUCUUACUACUGGUUCUUUUCUAGACAUGCAGAUAUUUUAACCAGUGUAACUGCAGACAUGUCUGCAAGUCAAUCCUCCAGAUAACAAAUAAGGGUUGUCGAACUAGAAUGAAAAGAAAAGUGAUAGUUGCACCAUGGAAGUGGGAUUAUGAAAAGAUUUGAUGCCAAAAGUAUCAGUCUUUGUAUGAGCCCAGCCGGUGCACGACAUGGAAACAGGAGGAGCCACAACAACCUCACACCAAUAAUUCCCACUUAUGUAUUAUAUAAAAGUAUUAUUUCUUC